AUGGGACAAGGACGCCUGGGUGAAGUGCGAGCUCAAACAGUGGCGAUCGUCGAAGAGCGACGACGUCGCGAGGCGCAGCACGAGAACGCGGUGCUAAAGGAGCAGUUGCGCAAUUGUUUAAGGAAGCGUGAGGAGCUUCAGACAGCACUGGCAAUGUGCGAUGUAGACCAAUUGUACCGGACAAUGGCAGUCUCUAGCGCUCUUGGAGUGGAGCUGGGAACGGGGAAGCAACUUCGAUUUAGUCACUUGAGCAUUUGGAACCUGCUGGAGAGGAGAAUAGACGCAAGAAUCAGCGAAUUGGAUGCAGUAUUUAUUAAGAUGGAGACCGAAACAGCUCCAGCAAGGUCCGAAUUUCGUACGUGCAACACAAAUGCUCAAAAUGGGGCAGUGGCAUUCUUGUGGGUCGAGCUGCUGCCGUUUGACAACCACACCAUUGCUUCGAUGAUAUUGGCUCUGGCAAAGAGUGGAAAGUUUCCAGACGGAGAGCAAGUGCAGGCGGAAAUACUCUCGGAAGAUGUGGUUGCGAUAACUGUUGUCUCCACGAUACACCUUAAUUCCGGCGGGAGUAUCGAAAUUAGCGGACACAAAAUACUGAAGCGAUUCGACAGACCAAAAGGUUGCGCGCUGCUCACUGAAACGUGCUCCGAAUGGACCCUCCAGCUACCAAAUUCAGGUACUUGGACGUACGCGAUGCAAGAGGAGGGCUGCUUUGCGAUACGUGAGGAUCUAAGUGGAGAGCUGUGCCAAAAUCGUUCCGAGCUGCGUCUACGUCCUAGUGAGUUUGCAGGGCAUGAGAGAAAACAUCCAAUGGUUAAUCCAUGCAUGGUACGGGAGGUCGUGGUCUCGUCAUUUCGUGGACUCGUCCAAGCACGGCAGCAAUUUAACGAGAUAACGAAUUACGUUAUGCCGUCCUUGUCACCGUCUCCAGGCGCGUGCGAUGACCUCCUGGAGAGCUUCCUGCACGACAUGGACACCCUCGACCACUGCCUAUCGAAGCCAGCCACCAGUAAUCUUUUGUCAGCGUCCAAGAAGCGCAAACAAGAAGCAUUAGCGGCCCACCCGAGUCAGAACAGAACUGAAGUCAAGAAGAAGCAGCCGUCGUGGUUGAAGCGCAAACAGGAGCUCGAAGCGCUACGUCAACAAACUCAAGCCAUGGAAACCCGUGUGGUGUAUCUGGAAAUGAAACAAUCAUCUCCAAACAAGAAUUUAAACGCCUUUAACGUACAAAAAGCAAAAAGCUCAGCUUUAGUGGAGAAGCAGCGGUGCAUUGCUGCUCAGAACGAGAACAUGCAGCUUCGAGCCAUGCUACAGUUCUAUACAAGACAGUACGAAGCGUUCCAGAUGGCUAUCGCGUCUGGAGAAUAUCAGCUAAAGGAGCUUCAAAGUAUCACGUCGGGAGCUCUGAGAGUCGAAAUGGGGGCAGGGAGACAACUACGUGCUUGCGGAACUCAAGUCUUUGACAUGAUGGAGAGGAGAUUAGACACCAGAUUCCACGAACUGGAGUAUGCUUACAGAGCUAUGCAGCAGCCUAUGAUCUCUACAGAUACAGAAACUAUACAAACGAGAAACGAGCGUGGGGCUGUGGAAUUUACGAGGUUGGAACUACUGCCAUUUGAGGAAGAAGCCAUUUCUUCUACAAUGUGGUCGUUUAUCGAGGAAGGGAGAUUCCCUGAUGGGGAGCAGUCUAUUGUCAGUCGACGUUCUGAUGAUAUCCUGGCCGUCAACACCCGGGUCGCAGUGCAGAUUGAUUGUGGUAGUAUGGUCACUAUUGAUACCCACGGCGUGGUUAAGCGCUUUAUGACAGGUGAAGGGUACGCUGUCUUGAUGGAAGGUUACUCUGAGUGGACUGUCGAUAGUCCAGCGUCAGGAAUGUGGCACCAUACAACAAGAGAAGGAGGCUGCUUUGUGAUGAGGGAUUACUCUGUUGAAAGUGGCACUUCAUCUGGAAUCUGCCAGGCUCGAUCACUGUUGUGUCUGUACCCGGACGAAAAUUAUGACACGACACAGAGCUAUUUGCGGUCAGAAGAGAACUCAAUCAGGGAAGUGGUGAUCUCGUCCUACAGUCAACUCAUUAAGUCUCGCCACCAGUUUGUGCAGAAUGCUUUGUUCGACACCAUUCGUUCAUGAGGCAGAUUUAUCAACUUAGCACCUGAUAGGAGCUCCCUCCGAAUGCUGCGCUGCUCUUCUCUCGUACGAGUUGAUCCAUCGUUUGGUUCUCUAGCUGUUGAAGCCGCGAUAACACCAUUUUCUGAUACGUGUUAGUGAGAGACUUGAUACUCUCACAAUUGUCGCGUGGAAACAAUCCGUCAAUAGUCGGAGUAACUAGGAUACAGCCCACGCUGAGGGUAGUUUUCUCUCCAACAGGUUGGAGGUAUCCCCAUCCGUAUUCGUGCGUCUUCACGUUGUGCACCGCCCCCACUUUUUGCCACUCUGCCAGCAUCUUCCACACUUGAACAACUCGAUGAUUCUCAAUGAAUUCUUUCAUCACCAUCCGCAUAGUGCACGUGUAAUUGUCAAUUGAAAUUUCGUACUUCUGAACAGCAACUCGAGAGGAUACAUCAACCGGUAGUACCUACAAUAAAAAAUGUUGUUAAUAUUAAAUUUCUCCAUCGAAUGCACCAAACAAGUACAAAACUUAC